AAAAUGAGAUUCCAACAGUGGGGUUGUAACAGAAACAGAUCUUGACAUCAGUUGUUGAGCAGUUCAACACAUCCUCAACUGCACAUAAAGAAUCACAGCCAGGCAUCUUGAAAAUGCCUUCAGAUUUCCUCACACCCUUCCUGGAGUUGGAUGAUGAAUUCUACAAGAGCUUCCGAGGUAUUGAUCUGACCGAAGCCACGCAGAAGCAGCGUGUGGUGGGCUUCCAGCGCAGACACUCCCUGUGCCCCGUGACGCUUCCCAACUCUAAAUUCAACAGUAAUGACACCAGCCCCUGGCCUCUGCCGGCCACCACCCAGCUCUGGAGCCACGAGAAGCAGCCGCAGCUGCCGCGCUCCUCCCUGAGCCAGAUCCCCUUCAGAGUCGACCGGUCUGUGAGCAUGAUCGAGGGUCAUGUGGCCAGCGAGAGCCUGACAUCCAGCCCUCUUCCUCCUCCGCCGGGUCUCAGCAUCAGCAACAGCUCCUUGACCUGCCCGAAGGCACUCGGCCUGACCUCUACAGCGCCGAUGUCCACCCGCUACAAGACCGAGCUCUGCCGCACCUACGAGGAAAGCGCCACAUGCAAAUACGGCGCAAAAUGCCAGUUCGCUCACGGGACGGAGGAGCUGAGAGGCCUCAACAGACACCCGAAGUACAAGACCGAGCCGUGCCGCACAUUUCACACCAUCGGCUUCUGCCCCUACGGCGCUCGGUGUCACUUCAUACACAACGCAGACGAGCAGAACGGGCUUCCGGAGAACACCAAGAGCAUCCGAGCGCGACCGCAGCUCCGCCAGAGCGUCAGCUUCAGCGGCUUCUCCUCACAAACCCUCAGCGGUUUCCACGCAGUCCCGGACGCCCUGGCCUUCUCCAGAUCUUCUUCUGUGUCCCCGCCGCCAUCCACCGGGAGUCCAGACCUGCUGUCCCCUCUGUUCCCCGAGCCGGGGACCCUGAAGCACAGCCAUCCCUUCGCAGAUCUGGGCGGCAGAGGGAGCUUCUACACCAUCAGCGACUCGGAGAGCGUGCAGAACCUGGCCUACGCGGUCACCUGCCUCUCCGCUCUGCAGCGAAGCGCGUCCACGGACUCUCUCUCCGAUCAGGACGGCUACACCAGCUCCAGCAGUCUGAGCGGCUGCGACUCUCCUGGCAUCGACGGCCGACGCCUGCCCAUCUUCAGCCGCCUGUCUGUCUCAGACGACUAGAAACCAUUACCUGUGCAUAUUGCAUGCUCGUCUGCGCAGAUAUUUCUCUGUGCUUGAUUCGUAAAGAGCUCCAAUGUCAUGUGAUGAACACAAUGUAUACUGUUGUAUACCAGUCUGAAGCUGCAAUGGGAACUUCACUUUAGGUUUAUGUGUUUGGGGAAUUGUUCUGCAGUGUUUUGUCUGUAGGAUGAACCUUCUCAAAUCGUCCAUCUGUAGUCUAACCAAAGCCGAGCAACUUAGAGUAUAUACAUCUAGUGUAACGUCUAACCCGCUCCGUGAACAUACUGUAGCCUUUAGUUAAGGCGUUUUUAAAUGGACAGUAUUACUGAGUAGUUUUAACCAUAGUCCUUUCUUAAAACCUAUUUAUUGCUUUUUUGUAACAUGCAUUGGUUGUUUUUGUUUUAUAUGCAUUUCAAAGAAGGAACAAUGUAGAUAUGUCUGCUUUGCACGAGCUAAAUCUCUUAGCUUUAAUGAAGACUAGCUGCACAGAGUCUCAAAGUUGGAAUCUCAGGAUCAUUUUAAAGCCUUUCUCAGUUAUAAUAAUAAUAAUAGUCAGAGAUAUCCACAGGGAAGUGUUCAUAUGCAAGCCAACGUGAAUGUGUAAGUGACAAUGUACCAGAAAAAGAGUCGAGUCAUACCACGGCCUUCGUCUUUUGCACUCUCAGUUUCUAUUUUAGAGGUGAAACUUCUCAUUUGCAAAUAGCAUGAACUGUGAGUUCCGAUGUUCGUAGGUUGUGUUUUAUUGUUGUUUUUCAACUUUUUGCCUUGUGACAAGACACGCUUUUGCCUUUUGUUAACUUAAAACGUAUUUAUUUCAUUAUGUUUUUUAUUUUUAUUUUUAUGUUUUUGAAGUGUGACAACAGUAUAUUGUGUUGUGCUUUCAUUUCAUGUUUCUUUAUAUAUAUAUAUAUAUAUAUAAUUUAAAUGAACUGUUUACAUUCCAUGGGAUGGUAAUGCCCGUUUUCAUUAUAAUAUAUUGUUUUAAAAUAAAGUUUGAACCAGA